ACUAACUUCACUUUCAAUGUGACGUUUCCCGUCACUAUCUUUUUGUUUCGGCCAUUUACGCCGAAAGUACUGUGUUCUGUUUCGGACACGAAUCUUUUCGUGGCCGAUAGAUCAGUGAUCUAAUAUUUAAGCAAGAUGGUGCAGAAGAAGCCUAAGAAGAAGGUCGGCAAGAAGGUGGCGGCCGCCCCUUUGGUCGUCAAGAAAGUUGAACCAAAAAAGGUUGUAAACCCACUCUUUGAAAAGAGGACCAAGAACUUCGCUAUUGGCCAGGACAUCCAGCCAACUCGUGAUUUGUCCCGCUUCGUAAGAUGGCCCAAGUACAUCCGCAUCCAGCGGCAGAAGGCCGUGCUACAACGCAGGCUCAAGGUGCCCCCACCGAUCAACCAGUUCACACAGACACUUGAUAAGACCACAGCUAAGGGUCUUUUCAAAAUCUUGGAGAAAUACACACCUGAGACUGAGGCAGCCAGGAAGGAAAGGUUAAGGAAAGCUGCUGAAGCUAAGGUAGCUAAGAAGGAAGAGCCACCGGCGAAGAGGCCUAACACCCUCCGGGCUGGCACCAACACAGUCACCAAGUUGGUGGAGAAAAAGAAGGCCCAGCUGGUCGUCAUCGCACACGAUGUAGACCCUAUUGAGCUGGUACUGUUCCUUCCCGCUCUAUGCCGCAAGAUGGGCGUCCCGUACUGCAUCGUGAAGGGCAAGUCCCGCCUCGGGGCGCUGGUGCACCGCAAGACGUGCACCUGCGUGGCGCUCACACAUGUGGAGUCCGGCGACCGUGCGUCGUUCUCGAAGGUGGUGGAGUCGAUCAAGACGAACUUCAACGAGCGCUACGAGGAGCUGCGGCGGCACUGGGGCGGCGGCGCGCUCGGGAACAAGUCCAACGCGCGGAUCGCCAAACUCGAGAAGGCGAAGGCCCGCGAACUGGCGCAGAAGCAGGGCUAGGGAAUAAAUGAUUAACAUUA